AUGACUUUGGACAAGCUCACCAACAACCGCGCCGUCCAGAUGCUGAACAAGGCGGCAGAGGGCAGAUAUGGAGUCCUCGGAGUCGUCUCAUACAAUCUCGAAACAAUCAUUGCAGUCAUCCGAGCGGCCGAAGCGAAGCGAUCUCCUGUACAAAUCUUGCUCUUCCCAUGGGCACUACAAUACUCUCCGCUCUUCGUCGACCUGGCCGCCCAUGCCGCUCGAAAAGCCAAGGUACCGGUUACCGUGCACAUGGACCACGCGCAGGAUCCGGAGAUCAUAAAGCUUGCUUCGACCAUGAAAGCCGAGGAUGGCACGCCGUCGUUCGAUUCGAUCAUGGUGGACAUGAGCCAUUACGAGAAAGAGGAGAACCUAUCAAAAACGAAAGAGCUGGUUACACUGUGCCAUUCGAGGGGUAUUGCUACAGAGGCGGAGCCGGGACGAAUAGAAGGCGGGGAGGAUGGAGUGAAAGACACCGCCGAAUUAGAAGGAAUGAUGACUACAGAAGAGGAAGUGGACGACUUCAUUGCCACGGGAAUCGACUUCCUGGCUCCCGCGUUUGGCAAUGUGCACGGGGAUUACCACGGAGCGGAGAAUAUCCACCUGGACUUCGACAGGUAGGUAGAUUGGAAGCGAGAGACGUGGAUAUGGCUACUGACGCGGCGACCCAGGCUAGAGAAGAUCCAGAAGAAAGCCGGCGGUCGUGUCCAGAUUGUGCUGCACGGUACGAAUGAAUUCCCAUCGAACAUCAUGGCAGACUGCAUCAAGCGGGGUGUCACGCGGGUGAACGUCAACAAGCUCGUGUUAUCGAAUUACAACGAAUACGUCGCAACGAACACGGGCAAGGUCCCUCUGACGCAGUUGAUGGAGAAGGGCACAAGCAUAAUGCAGCAACAGAUGGAAGAAUGGAUGGACAACAUUGGAAGCUCUGGAAAAGCAUGA